ACCGCUUCCUAUCUGUUACCGUAAUGGACGAGACGGACAUCAUGGACUUAACGCAUCAGAAAGCGAGGAAGCGACCGCGUCCAAUCAGUUCCGCGGACGAGUCCGUGCACGCUGCCCUCAAACGGCUGCCGAUCCGGGCGGCGGAGUGCAGGGAGCCCUCGCUGAUGUUCGCCGUCAGAGGGGAGCCGGUUCCCGCAGCGUCUCUCAAGCAAAAUGACCACUCGCAGACUUCCUCUCCGAACACAGUGAUGCCGGCGCAGGAUCAUCGCUCCAGCAUGUCCCGGCCCAUGAUCACUCGGUCACCGGUGUCUCCCAUGAGCAACCAGGGCAUCCCAACACCUGCACAGCUCACCAAGUCCAACGCCCCUGUGCACAUUGAUGUGGGCGGACACAUGUACACCAGCAGUCUGGCCACAUUGACAAAAUUCCCAGAAUCCCGAAUUGGUCGUCUCUUUGAUGGCACAGAGCCCAUAGUCCUGGACAGCCUGAAGCAGCACUACUUCAUUGACAGGGAUGGACACAUGUUCCGCUACAUCCUCAACUUCCUCAGGACGUCCAAGCUCCUCAUUCCAGACGACUUCAAAGACUACAGCCUGCUGUACGAGGAGGCGAAAUACUUCCAGCUGCAGCCCAUGCUUGCUGAGCUGGAUAGCUGGCGCCAUGACCAGGAGCUGGGCCGGGUGUCGCGCCCCUGCGAGUGCUUGGUGGUGCGCGUGGCACCUGACUUGGGCGAGAGGAUCACGCUCAGCGGUGACAAGGCCCUGAUCGAAGACGUGUUUCCAGAGAUCGGUGACGUCAUGUGCAACUCUGUCAAUGCCGGCUGGAACCACGACUCCACGCAUGUCAUCCGCUUCCCACUCAAUGGGUACUGCCACCUCAACUCCGUCCAGGUUCUAGAGCGCCUCCAACAACGUGGCUUCGAGAUCGCCGGCUCCUGCGGCGGAGGCGUGGACUCUUCCCAAUUCAGCGAGUACGUCUUGAGGAGGGAACUGAGGAGGACGAGUCAGCGAGGCUCCAAUUCGAACAGGAUAAAGCAGGAGCAGCUGGACUAGAAACCUCCCGAGCAGCAGGAGGUGCUAGACUUUUUUCUGUGGCAGCCAAGCACUCGAUGCUGCAGAGCUCUGUGGACUCUGUUUUUUUUUUUUCGUUUCCUUGUUGAUGUUUUUGUUUUCUUAAACUUGAGAACCAUCUAGAGAAUUAAAAAUGAGGUGCAACAGGAGAUUUUUCUGCCAUAAGAAGAUACAAGACAUUUGAUAAGUUUGAGAUUGCAAGGACAUUUGUGAAUGUCUAGCCCCCAUAAACCAAUUUAAAAAGGAUUUAUAUACGCUGGAUCCCCAAAACAAAGUUUGUUUUAAAACUUGGAGCCUACAUUAGGUUCAAUAUGAUUUCUAUUAUACCCAUAACAUUUUUAGAAAAAGGCUUUUAUUGCUUAUGUCGUAUCUUGCAUAGCUUGUCACCAGUGACUUGAUUUUGAUGUCUAAUUUUAUCCCUCGCUGUAUAAAGGUCACUAAUGUGUUGCUUACAGUACAGAAUGUCUCAGUUGUCAUAAACAGUUAGUUUCAACAAAGCAUCUUUUUCACAAUUAACAUGAUGUUGAAUAUUGUGAUGCCAAUGAAGUGGGGUUUUUUUUUUUACUUUAAUGGAAGUUAUUUUAUUGGAUUAUGCCAUGAAAGAGUUGAAAUUAGUAUCAUCAAAACGAAACAUCCCAGACCAUUCUGUACGCAGUUAAAAAAAUAUACUUUAGUGAAUUAUUAUGUCACACCAUUUGCUUUAUUAGGGAGUAUGAAUUAGUUACCCCCAUGUGCUACCUUUGGGAUUAUUGAAUUGGAUCAUAAUAUUCAUAAAUCAUGACCUGUAAAUUUGAUCAUUGUAUAUGUGUUUGUGUUUUUUACAUUGAAUCUUUUUAAAGCAAAUGUGUUGCCUCGGACAUGACUGAACGGAUUAUUGUACCACCCACUCUAAGAUCACUUUUACUUGUUGCACAUAUUGAAGUUGGAUAUAAAGUAUUUCUAACAUGACUGACCCACCUACGCUCCCUAGAUUUGAGUAAAGAGGAAUGUAGCAAACAAAAAAAGAAGUGAA